AAUCGCGUGCGUGCGCGUGUGUACGUGUUGUGUUGCCCGAACGGACGAAAAUAAUAAUAUCGUCGUGUAGAUCUGCCGCUGUGGUGGUGUCGUAGUAGUCGAAAAAGAAACGCGUCCGUCUCGCCGUCCGCGCACCACACCGGGCGUUUUCGAAAACGGGUCCGGGCACCGCAACAACGACGACGAUAACACCAAAACCGACGUAUUAUUAAUACCUAAACACUGUGAUUAUUAUUAUUAUCGUUACCAUUAUAACAAUACAUAUAUAUAUCAACAUUUUAAUCGGACCGACCAGCAGCAGUGCAUCGCACACACGUCGUGUGUGAUAAUAACAAUAUCAUUGUUUAUAUAUAAUAAUAAUAUACACGGUAGGAUAAUAAUAAUAACAUUAACAAUCACAUUAAUAUUAUUAUUAAUAAAACCAGCUCGUUUGUACAUGCCGCCGCUGUACGCGCAUUAAAAACAUUUUUUAUCGAGAUAUUUUGUCGUGAUAUUAGAUUUUUUUGAUUUUUUCUUGCACCGCGAACUACGACCGCGACCGACCGACCGAGAACCGUUGUGCGGUGUACAUAUCGCUAUCGGCGCCGCCGUCGAAUUUUUCCACUCGUCGCGAUGCCGCGGAUCCAGUAGAACGGCGCAUCGGACGCGUAGAUCCAACGCCAGUACAACAGUAUCCGGCGUACCGAGUUUCGCGUAGCGGACCGAUCGUCGUCGUCGUCGUCGUCGUCACUCCCCGGCGCGGUGCACCCAUACCCAUAUCAUUAUCAGUAUCACCGUCGUCAUCAUCAUCAUCACCACCGCCGACGUCCGAUCCCGGCGCCCCGCCGCCCGUCCGUGAAAACGUGUGAAAGACCAAAGGCCGCGGUGCGCACAAACCACCGCCACUACACGCCGUCAUGUCCGUCAGCCAACAGUUCUGCCUGCGAUGGAACAACCAUCAGAGGACACUGAUUUCGGUGUUCGACAGCCUUCUGGAGAGCGGCACGCUUGUGGAUUGCACUCUGGCCGCAGAAGGACGAUACCUGAAAGCUCACAAAGUCGUGUUGUCCGCCUGCAGUCCGUACUUGGGGGUUUUAUUAAGUCAACAUCAAGAAAAACAUCCAAUUUUAAUUUUGAAAGAUAUCAAAUUUCAAGAAUUAAAGUCAAUGUUAGAUUAUAUGUAUCGAGGCGAAGUCAAUAUUUCUCAAGAAGAACUCGGUACAUUCUUGAAAGCUGCUGAAUCUCUUCAAAUCAAAGGGUUGACAGAAAGCGCUGGUAUUGGUGUUCGUGAUAAUUCAGAUUUUGAAGACCCAGUAUCUAAACGAUUUGACCAUAGAAAACAACCACCUUCUUUAUCUUCAGUUAGUUCUAACUCGCCUACUAUUUGGAGCCAAAAUGAAACUGUGCGUACAUAUUCAAGACCAAGAGAGGGUAGUUUAUCUCCAACUAGUAAGAAACGGAAAUUACAACGUACAAAUGGAUCAGAUGAUCAUCCUCCAGAUAAUGGUGAUGAUAGUAUGACUGAAUCUGAAUCACAGGGAAUAGAAAAAUCGCCAACUAAUAACAAUAACAUCCCUUCUUCAGUCAGUAAGGUGAUUAAAGCAGAACCUUACCGUAAAUCAUGUUCACCAGACAAAGAAGUGCUUAAGACAACUGAAAAUCAGAUAAUUAAACCUAAAGUAGAAUCAAUAUCUGGUGACCGACAAGAGUGUUUGACAGAAAUGUCAUAUGACGAUAGUGUUGAAGAUAUGGCUUUAGAAGAGGAAGAAGAAGAAUUUGAUGAAAACGAAUUAUCCCAGCCUGGAACUUCACAAGGGGACACCAAUCACACUGCAGUGCCUCAAACAAAUUCAUGGCAAUUAGAAACAACUAAUCAAGAUAGCACCAGUACUGUUAAUACGCCAAUGGAUUGUAAAGGUAAGAUUUGUUUUCUAAUACAUAAUUGUAAAAAUAAGCGUAUAAAUACAUAAUUAAAAUUCAAAUGG